GAACGCAGCUCAGCAAACAUCAGAGAAGAUCAGUUUGUGGUCCUGCCUCUCCACCUGCUGCUCACACAAGGCAUGACAACAGACGGAGCCGUUUCAAUCCUCUCCUCGUCUUACAGGUCUCAGGGAGGAGGAAGACAAGACUCAACACAGCGCUGAUGCCCUUCCUUCUCCUUCUUGGAUAUCCAACAACGACUUACCACAAAUAUAAAUCAAUUAAAAUGACUUUACAGGAUGAUUGUUUCGUCAUGUUCGCCUCAAUGUUAUUGUGCCGUCUGCAAAUCCCUUUCAGAGAGAAAAGAAGAGUCUUUAGGAAGAAUGACAGCAGGCAACCUAACAUGGCCCAAGACCAAACAGAUGUCAGGAUGGCUGCACACUUUUCUAUUUCCGACAGUGAGUCAGAAUCAUCCGAGGAGGUUGAGGAAGGAGAAAAUAACCAAUCAUCAACUGUGCAAGAGAAGCAGCUUCAUGACCGCCACUGCCUAACCCUACCCAAGUUCAGAUUGGCAGCGACCGGUCGAAUCAGGCUGAACUCAGAGUCUCACGCUUCCACUGUCUCCAGAGACGAGGAGCUCCAGGCUCGGGGGGAAGACGAGGCUGGCACGCCCACUGACGGAGCUCCAUUCAGGGGACGGUCCAAGUCAGCUCCCCCUGCUCUGUGGGCAGCCAAGAAGUACGGCCGGCAGCUCCGAAGGAUGAGCGACGAGUUUGACAGCAUGCUCGACAAAGGGGAAAUGAGAAAGGUGAGGAGUGCUGGGUCAGCCAAACAGAUGCAACACUCGAAAACCUGGUGGAGCUACCUCUUCAGUCACCAGGAGACGGAGGGAGAGAACAACCACCAUGAAAACCACACUCACCGCACUGAAUAGGCACCGAGAGGAAAUUAAGAGUGACACGAGGAAUGAGAAGAAAGCAUUGGGGGAAGCCAAGAGAACAAUUGUGAUGAGAACAAAAAGACCUGACGGAACAAAGGUUGGUUGGAACAAAAAAGAAAAAAGAUCCAAACACAAAGGCGUGGCUAAGUGAAUGGCUAAGUGUCCCAUUCUAGUCAUGUGGUUUUUAUACAUCAUCGGUAACUACAUUUAAAAAAAAAGUCUUUUGUAUUUGUGUUGGUUGUGAAGUUAACAAUAUUGCUGGGCAGCGCACUGUGAAAUGGUAAAGCAUGACGAUGGACUGUUGGCCAUCUGAACCCCAUAGAACGGAUUAAAUGAUGGAGAGAGGAGAGAAGAGAGGAGCUCUUGGAAACACAAAGAAAGACGUGCAUGAAGUGGAUUUGAGCGGUCGUACUCAGAGCUUACCACAGAUGUCUCUCCCAUCAACACUAUGCAAUAUACUGUAGAUGGAGAGAUAUGAAUGCAGCCGAGGCCACCUUGAAUGCAGUUAGAAUUUCCUUCUUCAUCUUCUUGUGGAAAUCACCAAUGUCACUGCGUUACUAAUGCUCCAAACGUUUGUGCUUAACAACAAGCUCAUGGAGACCACUGUAAUUGUGUGCCAAAAGAAUCUGCAGGUAACAAAGCAAUGAGUGUAAAAACGGGAAGGGUUUUUUUUUAAAGUAUUCAACUCAGGCCUUUAUUCAACUUCCUGUUCUAGUACCUGCAAGCCAGUACUAUUUAAACUACUACGACACUACGUACUUGACUAUCAUUAACUGCUUUAUAUCUCAAAAGAAGAACAAUCUUGUACAAGGACAAUCUCUGAGGAUUCAGAAAGACUAUCUUUUAUAAGACUUCAGGGUUAGAUUAUAUCUGAAGAAAAUGACAUUAAAAAUACAUAUAAAAGCACAAACCAAUAUGAAUCUAUCUUUUUAAAGCCUCGGAUAAGCAAGAAAAAAAAACUUUGGAACUUUUGUGUGUAAAUAUUUUGUUAAUAUUUUAUCAAAUUGCAGGGGUGCCGGGGUUAUGAGCUGCACGCUUUAGCCAGAAUUUUUAUUUUACAAGUUCCUAUUUUACAAGGUCACCAUGCUAUUUAAUAAGUUUGGCCAACUUAGCAAUAGGCAGUGUACAAUCCAUGGCUGUUGUGAUAAAUGUUAUGUGAAUAUUUAAAGAUGAGGGCGGGGAGGAACUAACUGCUGUACGAGGAGCCGACACACAAUCAGACACACGCCUCAUGUUCAGCACCCAGUGCGUGAAGAAGGUUAGAGUCUAGUCACAUGUAAAACACCGCUGGAAGGGAUUUAAACUCCACUUUCACAAACUGUUUGUGGAGUUUAAGAAAAAUCAGUUUCCAGUCCUUUUGGGUUUAUAUAAAUAAAUAAAAAGUUUCAAUGUGGGUUUCACUUUGUAUCUGCAUGUGUGCAGAUGUGCAAAACAUCUAUCAAGCCUCAGGUCUCAGAGUGCUGAUCUAGAUUUGCUUUACAUGUAUUAUAUUCAGGCUUUUAAUGACUACUUGGCACAUACUAAACACAACAUGGCAUUAUUAUCCAUAUUAAUGAUUAUAAACUAAGAUCAGCACAUGGCUUGGUGAAUAUGAUUUGGCUAUUUGUGACUUGUUUAUCAAUUUGUGAUUAUUGAAAAUGGUAGUAGGUUUGUUCUACUUGUGUCUUACUCUCUUCCUCUUGACUUGUAGGGUUGAGUUGUGAAGUGCUUGGGUGUGCAGGCGAAGGGGCUGCAUUUGUAUCGUCUUUUAGACUAAAAAAAAUGUUCUCCAUCUUUUUUUAUAGCGUUUCCUAAACUUGGUUAAGGACAAAAAAAAAAAUGAAAUCAAUCUGAAUGACAACAAAUGUUUUACGAUUCAUCCGAGUCUUUUGGUGACAUGCAACCCUGACAGUGAGAUGAAGUUUUGGUGACUCUUAAAAAUUAAAUCCGGCAUAAAGCUCCUAACUUAAUUACUACAGUUAGACUAGGCUGUUACAUUUCAGUGACUCCACCACUUUGCAUCAGAUUUCUCACAAACAGGGAAAUCAGGAAUGUAAGUAAUUGUACCGUCGAGACAGUAAACCUGUACUUUGAAACAAGCAGCUGGCAGAUGAUAUGUAAGUAGUGUUCAGAGUUUAGGGUCAGAUAUGAAUGAGUUUAAAAGAGUAUAAUAUUGUCAACAUGAACUGCCUUGAACAUGAUAUAACCUUUGAUGCGACUCGUCUGUUUCCCCAAUUACCGCCUUAAACUUUACGUCACCGUCACCCAUUACGCCCGCGAACAAGCACAAUGACAUGGUGGUGCGUUCGCUGUCACAACUGUGAGAAAAAUGUUAUAAUUGCAAUUGAUGGAGAAGCAAUUUCAGAAGAAGUCGUGUUUUGGGUUUUGACUGUUAAACAUUUGUGGCAGUGAACACACCACAGAGGGAAACCUGCCUGGGCACCUGGAGCUCUGCAACCUUGGUAUUACUUGAAUCUGGAGAUGUGUGUGGAGAACAUUUAAUCCCAAUAUUUCCUCUGUUUCUUUUUUUAUUUCUUUUAAUUUUUUAAUGACUUUUGUACAUUUUCUCUACAGCUGUGAAACUUCUGGUAUAUGCCGUCUUGAAUAAAUCAUUUUAAGAGUUGUUUUAAA